UAAUUCUUAUAGGAUUCUUCUUCUAGUAUGCACUGUGAAUUACGUAGUGAUUGUAAAACCAGUCAAUCAGCAUUUUCAAAUUCUUCUCAGCCUACAUCAUUUAAAACCAACCACGCCCAUUACAUACAUGGAAACAGACCUGUUAUACCAGUCAUCAAGUCCACCCACACUAGGUUUAAAAUAAAAGUCUUGUAUUUUGGAAAACUAGGUUGUUUCAUGAUCUACAGGGACCCUUGGCCUUCCUUCCCUGCCAUGGCUACAUUCAGCUGCACUUCAGACGACUUUUCAUGCCCUGUGUGCUUGGAAAUACUUUGUGACCCGGCUACGAUUCCUUGUGGUCACACCUACUGCCUUCAGUGCAUCCAGAAACAUUGGGAUAAAGCUUCUAAGGGUCAGUACUCUUGUCCUCAAUGUAGACAGGUUUUCAAUCCCAGGCCCUCUCUGGGAAGAAACAACAUGUUGAUGGAAGCAAUGAAGAAACUUCAAGUAGGAGAACAGGACAAGUCCUUAGCUGUGUGUUCUUCUCUAAAUCCAUGUGCUGUUGUGUCAGUGAACCCUCCUCUCCAGCCAGCAGCAGAAAGGUCUGCUGAAACUACAGGACCUGAUCAAAAGACCACAGUGCAGGGAGGAUUAUAUCCUCAGCUCCCUUCCACUUCACCCAAGCUGUGUCCUUUACACAAACAAGUGCUGGAGUUCUAUUGCCGUGAUGAUAAAGAAAUUGUGUGUGAUGAAUGUAGUCUCAUAGAACAUAAGGGUCAUCGAGUGGUGAAUCCAGACGAAGAAAUGGAGCAAGAGCUGUCAAAAAAGAAGGCGAAGAUACUAGGAAGUAUUCAAGAAAGAGAGAGGAUCAUUCAGACACUACCACAGAUUUUUCAAGCUAAGAAGACUGCUAUUCAGGGGCUGCAGACAGAAAAUCUGGAGGUUUUUGGUGAAGUGAUGAAGAAUGUGGAGUUGAUGAGCUCACAAGUAAAUGAACUCCUUCAGGGCUAUGAGGCCUCCUGGUACCAUCGUACAGAGAACCACGGCUAUAAACUACGGGAGGAGAUCAACCAACUAUACAAGCAAGAUGUAGAGCUAAACAGACUAUCUAAAUCUCAGGACUCCAUUCAAUUCCUAAAGACACUUGACACUACAGAAUGUGUGGAUGUGGUUGGAAAUGCACAGCUGGAGAUUGUACCCCCAGAGUCAGUAGAGUCUGGGAUCAGAUCAGCUCUUGGAGCUUUCAGAGCAGGACUACAUGACCUUUGUAAAGGAAGCCUGGCAAAUAUCUUCAGAGCUGUGAAUGAUGCACAAACAGCAACAGCACAAAAUUCUCAGGCAGCAGAGAAAUGUCCUGAUCCCAAUAAUUUGCAGGCUGCUUCACAAAAUACAGCUCUUGAAAUGACAUCUGGAUCCAACAACAGUGACAAUCAACCUAAAAGCACAUCUCUUCAUCAUCCUGCAGCAUCCUCUGCCAAUUCAGAGAGGAAAUUGACUUCACCAUGUACAGAAAAUCCAGCACCUAAAUCAAGGGAGGAAAUGCUAAAAUUCCACUUUGAGCCCACAAUGGACCGCAACAGUGCUUAUCGUCACAUCCGCUUGUCUGAUGGAGAUCGCAAGGCCACGCUCCGGGCUGAAAAUCAGAAUUACCCAGAGCACAUUGAACGCUUUGUCUUCUGGAGACAGGUCAUAUGUCAGGAGCCUUUGGCAGGAAGCCCUUAUUACUGGGAGGUGGAAUGGACCGGACAGAAGGUCACUAUUGGUGUAACCUAUAAAGAUAUUAAGCGCUCCACAGCAGAUGACAGCUCCAGACUGGGCCAUAAUGAGUUUUCAUGGAGCCUGUACUGGUCAGGCACAGCCUUCUCUCUGUGGCAUGCAGGAAAGGAAACCUUGCUUGCUGCUCCUAAAGCCCGACGCAUCGGGGUCUAUUUGGACCAGCAGGCAGGUGUGCUGGCCUUCUACAGGGUCUCUCACAACCAGGCCCAUCAGAUCUGCUCUGUUGAAACAGAAUUUAGCAGAGCUCUCUAUCCUGGUUUCCGCUUCUGGUCUGGUGCGGGUUCUACCAUAACUGUUUGCCAGCUGGGCUGAGUGAGGAAGGCGGAUGAAGAUCCUUAUUUUCUGAAUCUACAGCAUUUGACUGAUGCUGCACUGUUUGCCUUACUUAGUUUUCAGUUAAAUGCUAACAUACCGAGACCUUUGAUUUUGAUGUCACUGAAGUGAAUAGAUCCACCACUAGAUGUCACUGAGACAUUUCCAACAUACGUACAGGGGUUUGAUGCUGGGGUAAUAGUUAAAAACAAUUUGACAAAUUGAAGGAAAAAAAACAAAAUUCACUUAAUUCUAAUUAAUGAGGAUUCUACAAGUCUCAGUGAAUGGAAUUACAAACAUCAAUCUUUCUAAUGAUAUUGAAAAUGCAGAAAACCUCCACCCAGCUGUAUAAAUACAUAAACUAUUUAGAGGCUGUUUUAAUUUACACUGAUGAGUUUGUCUGAAGAUUUGGAUUGAUGAGUAUGAAAAUAAUAAAUGAUGAUAAAAAGGA